CUGCAUUCGCUGACAACCAGGUGAAGAUGGAAGAUGACGCUGACCUCAGGGAGCAGUUGUUUCACAACACCGUGCGCGAGAACAUAAUAUACUUGCUGCUUUUCUCGCUGUUAUACAUCUCGAGCUACGCGCUGAUCGCGCGCUUCAGACGUCGGGAUCGCGAGGACUAUCUGUCGGUGGACGAGGAUGAGGCCACCGUCUACAGGAUCAGCCUUUGGCUGUGCACGGUCGCCCUGGCGAUUUCCGUCGGCGCGACCCUCCUACUUCCGGUGUCUAUCGCCAGUAAUGAGGUCCUCAUCUUAUACCCGAAGAGCUACUACGUCAAGUGGCUCAACAGCUCCCUCAUCCAAGGUCUAUGGAACCACGUGUUCCUAUUCUCGAACUUAUCGCUCUUCGUGUUUCUGCCUUUCGCCUAUCUCUUCACGGAAUCAGAGGGUUUCGAGGGCCAUAAAAAGGGCGUGAUGGCGAGGGUGUACGAGACAGUGACGGUUCUCUGUCUGUUGGGUACUCUCGUACUGGGAAUGACUUAUGUCCUGUCGGCCCUGUUGGAUUAUCAAAACUCAAGUUUACACACAUUGCUCAAUUUAUGGAGUUAUUAUUUGCCUUUCCUGUACUCCUGCGUCUCGUUCGUCGGCGUAGUAAUGCUGUUACUAUGUACACCAGUGGGAUUCGUACGGCUGUUCGACGUGGUGGGGUCGUUUCUUGUUAAACCCCAAUUCUUGAAGAACUUGGACGAGGAGUUUUUUGCGUAUAGAUUAGAGGAGGAUUGUAUCCGCAGGAGAUUGCAGCACGUGAAAGCGACGGGGAAGUCAUACGUAUCGCCGGUGCCGAUGUCGCCGGCGACGAGCUGCGGCUGGCCGAUGCACGAGGACGACGAGCCGCUACUGUGCAUAAGUCCGGGUCUACUGUGUCUAAGGAACGGUGCUCUGCAAAAGGGCCUUUCUCAACGGCUGGACGACGUCCAGAGGCGGCGACAGCUGCUGGAUCAACAGCGGAGGACCUGGUGGGUCCGGCGCACGCUACUUUAUCCGGUGGCGAUGCUGGCGCUGCUCGUUCUGUCUACCGCCACGGCCCUAUUAGCGGUGCAAAAUACUAUAGAAUUGCUGAUAGGCAUCAAGGCGUUGCCGUUGAGCACAAGGCAAUUUACGCUCGGCAUCAGUUCCCUGUCUAAGCUCGGGCCCGUCGGUGCGGCUAUCGAGGUAGCAGUGAUCCUUUACCUGGCAGUGACUAGCGCGAUCGGCCUGUACGCCUUACCGGGCGUGAGAAUCGUUCAACCAAGGUUCCGCUCCACGCCGCUCACCCAUCUCAUCGCGAAUUGCGCCCUUCUGCUCGUGCUAAGUUCGGCGUUACCGCUAUUAUCGCGAAUAUUAGGAAUGACAAACUUUGAUCUGCUGGGUGAUUUCGGACGCAUCGAGUGGCUUGGCAACUUCAAGCUCGUGCUCCUCUACAACCUGAUCUUCGCGACGGCGGCGAUCAGCUGUCUGACCACCAAGUUCACGGCGACCGUGCGCAAGGAGAUCUACGCCCGUCUUAGAAGCAGCCUGCUCGGCAUCUUCCGUGUUACCGGCAUUGCCGCCGACGCGAAGAAAUAUACAUCGUCGUCAGGGGUAUUUUCUAUAAAAGAAGAUUAGACUGAUUUCUUAUAUUAUUAUAUAAUUAAUGCAAACAAGAGAGGGAGAGAGAGAGAGAGAGAGAGAGAAAGAAAAGAAACGCCGGGACUUUGCGAAAGUUUGCUUGGUUUUUUACGUUCUUGUAUGCAAGAUUACAAGGAGCCUUUCUCUUUCUCUCUCUCUAGCCUCUCAAAGACGUGAGAAAUUUAUAUCGUACGACGUAUACAAGAAGAAAAUACGGUUGCAGAGUUCUCGAAUUCGCGGAUCUUUGGACGUGCCAAUCCAAUUCGAUACUCUUGUGAACUCUUAAACCUCCUAAAUCGUUAGACUCUCACGUACUCGAGCGAUCACGCGAUCGAGGUGAUCCUCCGUCUACUUUUGUAACUGUCCAACAUUUCGUUUCUUUUAGGUUUUUCUUUUUUUAAAAAUUUAUGAAUCCAAAUAUAUUAAAUAUAUGACAGUAUAUUUAAAUAAAGGCGCCUUGCCCCUCGUGUUUGAGAGAAUAAGUCGAUUAUGUCGAAAUCAUCGGCGGGAAACUUUAUCCGCGAUGUAUAAUCUCGAGACACAUUCUUUUCUUCUUUUAAGAUCGAGACGCUUUUAAUCGCGUG